GGGAACCGAGAGCUGGGGGAGGAGCUUGAAGGCCAGCCGCUGUCCCUGUACUGCUGCCACCGGGGGCCAAGUCUCUGCUUCUUGGCGUGCCGCCGCACGUACACACGCCGCCGUACUAGCGACCGUCGCCCGCUCGCUCGCCCGGCAGGAGCGGCCGGCCGCGGGGUAUGGAAGCCGAGAACGCGGACAGCCAGCCCCUUCAGCAAGCCCAGGCUCUGUAUGCGUUUCCCUUCCCACAAAUGAUGGCCGAGGCUCCUCCCGUGGCGGCUGUGGACGAGCAGCACCUGCCAGCAGACGGCCCAGCCCCUGCUCAGGAACCGGAACAAGAGACGCCAAAAGGAAGGAAAAGAAAACUCAGAACAACACAACCCAAAAAACCAGUGGAACCCAAAAGCCCAGUGGAACCCAAAAAACCUGCCGAGGCCAAAAAAUCUGGCAAGUCUAAAAAGUCAAAAGAAAAGCAAGAAAAAAUUACAGACACAUUUAAAGUGAAAAGAAAAGUAGACCGUUUUAAUGGUGUUUCAGAAGCUGAACUUUUGACCAAGACUCUUCCUGACAUUUUGACAUUCAACCUGGACAUUGUGAUUAUUGGCAUAAAUCCAGGACUAAUGGCUGCUUACAAAGGGCAUCAUUACCCUGGACCUGGAAACCAUUUUUGGAAGUGUCUGUUUAUGUCAGGCUUGAGUGAGGUCCAGCUCAAUCACAUGGACGAUCACACUUUACCAGGAAAGUAUGGUAUUGGAUUCACCAAUAUGGUGGAAAGGACAACACCAGGCAGCAAGGAUCUUUCCAGUAAAGAAUUUCGUGAAGGAGGACGUAUUCUAGUGCAGAAGUUACAGAAAUAUCAACCCCGAAUAGCAGUUUUUAAUGGAAAAUGUAUUUAUGAAAUUUUUAGUAAAGAAGUUUUUGGAGUGAAGGUUAAGAACUUAGAAUUUGGACUUCAACCCCAUAAGAUCCCAGACACAGAAACUCUCUGCUAUGUUAUGCCAUCAUCAAGUGCGAGAUGUGCUCAGUUCCCUCGGGCCCAGGACAAGGUGCAUUACUACAUUAAGUUGAAGGAUUUAAGAGACCAGUUGAAAGGCAUUGAACGAAACACAGACGUUCAAGAGGUGCAAUAUACAUUUGACCUACAGCUGGCUCAAGAGGAUGCAAAGAAGAUGGCUGUUAAGGAAGAAAAAUAUGACCCGGGUUAUGAAGCAGCAUAUGGAGGUGCUUACAGUGAAAAUCCGUGCAAUAGUGAACCUUGCAGCUUCUCCUCAAAUGGACUGGCUGCUGACCACGGAGAAGCGACGUUCGGUGACAUUCCCAAUGGGCAGUGGACGGCCCAGCCGUUUCCCGAGCAGCUCCCGCCCUUCAGUAGUCAGUGUGGGACGCAAGGCCAGGAGGACGAGCACCGUGCGUGAGAACGUGUCUCAGCU